AUGGGGUUUAACUCUUCUAACUUGUGCCCUUUAGCACUGAUAUCGAUAUUGUUAGUUGCUUUGGGCAACUUUGCAGAUUGUUAUGACACUUUGGAUCCCAAUCGAAAUAUUACUGUUACUUUUGACAUCCAUCAAUGGACGGAUACUGGCUAUGUGGCAAGAGUUACAAUUCAAAACUAUUAUCAGUAUCGCCAUGUGGAUAAUCCUGGCUGGAAAAUAGGGUGGACAUGGGUCCAAAAGGAGAUCAUCUUGUCAAUGUCUGGUGCUUUUGCCACUGAGCAAGGGAAAUGCACUGAAUACAGAAUAAAUGCACACUGUUGCAAGAAAGAUCCUGUCAUUGUGGAUCUCAUGCCAGAUGCCCCGGGGGAAAACAGGACUGAGGGCUGCUGCCGUGGAGGCCUUGUUUCUGCCUAUGCUAUUAAUCCUGCUAACUCAUUCUCAUCUUUUGAAAUCACCGUUGGUAAUUUGGGUAGCAAUGCCUCUGAACAAGCACCCCAAACUCUCACUCUAUCGGCACCAGGUCCUGGUUACACUUGUGGCUUACUAGAGGAUGCUGAUCCUACAGUUUCUUCAGCUAUAGGGGGCAGAAGACAGGUUCAAGUUUUCAAAACAUGGAAAUCAACAUGCACUUACUCUACUUUCUUGGCUAACCAAGCACCAGUCUGUUGUGUUUCACUCUCAACAUUUUACAAUCCCACCAUCACACCAUGCCGUAAGUGCAGCUGUGGAUGCAGAGGAGCUGACAAAACGGCACUCUCAUGUAUAAGACAAGCUUUGCCAUUAUCACAGUCAGAUUUAGCGAAUAGUCUGGACAUUGUGCGAUGCACUGAUCAUAUGUGCCCAAUUCGAGUUCAUUGGCAUGUGAAGAACAAUUACAUGGACCACUGGAGAGUGAAACUAACGGUAUCUAACUACAAUUAUCAGAGAAACUACUCAGACUGGAAUGUGGUUGUUCAGCAUCCUGGUUUCAAACAGAAUUCAACUACAUAUAGCUUUAACAGUUCCACGCUUCCUGUCAGCUUCGCAGAUGAAGUGGCUUUGUUUUGGGGAUUAAGGGGUUUUAAUGAGGAACUGUUGAAUGCUGGUGAUAAUGAAGUGGGCUCGGUGAGCACAGAGAUACUCCUGGAAAAGGACUUGAAAACAUUCACAUACAGAAAUGGGUGGGGUUUUCCUAGAAAAUUAUACUUCAAUGGAGAGGAAUGUGAGAUGCCACUUCCAGACACAUUCCCAAUGCUACCAAAUGCCUCCUCAUCAAAUCCUAAACCCAUUAAUUGUUUGCUCCUUCUCCUUUUAAUAUAUCUCUCUCUCAAGUUUAAUUAAUCACCAUUAUCUCUGCAGCAGCUUCCUAAGCCAUAUAUUCAUAUAUACUUUUAAAUAUAUAUAUAUAUGUUGGUAUGACAUGGUGGGCUAGACUGCAGUGAUAUAAAACUGAAGGACAAUGGUACUUCAAGAUAACUAUGAGGGUCUCUCUGUAAUUGUCCCACAAACAUAU